AUGACUUCAUCUCUGAGUUCUGGUGCAGCAGCACCAGCCUUCAAACAAUUCGCGUUCUUCGACGUCGUACCAGUCAAGGAUACACACGACUUGGGAGAGAGCCCACAUCUCCUACGAAGCGCCAACGAAAUAUCCACAGUCUGCCCUUCAUCCUACGGGAUCCUCGUUGCGGACAUCCAUGGGAGUUUACACGUAUUGAACAAGGAGUUUGAACCUGCCAUGAGUUGGAUUGCGCAUGUUGGAGGACGGGUGACGCAUAUGGUAGAGCGUCGGGGUUUUUUGAUCACGCUCGGGGAAGAGGAUGCAGUGAGGCAACCACUAUUGAAGGUGUGGCAUUUGGAGAAGACAGACAAGAAUGGUUUUCCGUUACUCCUGCGGUCCAUUAAGGUCCAGCACAGUAACCGCCCCCAUCCAGUAUCAGCCAUGGCCCUCUCCGCUACACUCUCAUACCUUGCCAUCGGUCUCGCGGACGGCACUGUCCUCCUCUACCGCCACCUUGACCAAUCCAUCUUCUCCACCUCUACCUCUCUCACCGCCCUCCCCAAACCACGCGUCAUCCACGAAUCGCCCACAGAACCUAUCACUGGCCUCGGAUUCAAAGAACCUACACCGGACGCCCCAAAUGUUCUGCAUCUCUUUAUUGUCACGACGAACAGUGUCCGGUCAUAUCAGGUCUCGGGAAAGGGAAGUGGAGGCACACCGAGCGAGGUAUACGAAGUUGGUGCGGCGGUGGGAUGUGCCGUUAUGGAUUGGAAGGCGCAGAACCUAAUUGUGGCGAGAGACGAGGCGGUCUUCAUAUGUGGCAUUGAGGGCAGGGGAGCGUCGAUUGCGUAUGAAGGUCACAAGUCAUCGGUCCAUACGCACCUAAACUACCUAGUCAUCGUCUCUCCUCCAUUCGUCCCAACCGCGACUUCAGCGUCCGCCACCGUACGGAAUCUAUGGCGUAAUGAAUCCAUUUCAGGGAACGCAGAUCUCACCAAGGUCACCGUCUUUGAUCUCGAGAAUAAGUUCGUCGCGUAUUCUGGUGCGUUCCAGGAGGGUGUGCGUCAGGUCAUCUCGCAGUGGGAUCAAAUAUACAUUCUUCCGAACGACGGAAAGCUCGUCAGUCUACGGGAGAAACCGACCGGAGAGAGGUUGAACCUCCUAUAUGGGAAGUCACAAUAUCUGACCGCGCUGAACAUGGCCAAAACGCAACGACUGGACGAGUCGAGUCUGGCGGAUAUACAUCGGCAGUUCGGCGACAGUAAUUAUAGUAAGGGAGAUUACGACGGCGCAAUGCAACAGUACUUGCAGACAAUCGGUUACGUCCAGCCAAGCUAUGUCGUCCGGAAAUUUCUCGACGCUCAACGGAUACACAAUCUCGUCACUUACCUCCAAGAACUACAUAACCUUGGCGUGGCAAAUUCGGACCAUACGACCCUUCUACUCAACACGUAUACAAAGCUCAAAGACGUGGCCCGCCUGGAUAGCUUCAUCAAGACAGAGUCGCGGCGUUCGCCCUUAGGGGAGAACGACGCUCAAGAGGAGAAGGAUGAGCUCCCUUUUGAUCUGGAUACUGCGAUUCGGGUGUGCAGGCAAGCGGGAUACUUUGAGCAUGCAGGGUAUCUGGCGAAGAGAUGGGAGAGGCACGAAGAUUAUCUAAGGAUACAGGUUGAGGAUGCGGGAAAUUUCGCCGAUGCACUGGCAUACUUGCGAAAAUUGGGCCCACAGGCGGCCGAGCACAGUCUUGCGAGAUACGGACGCGCUAUGCUCGACGCUUUGCCCAACGAGACCACCCAACUCCUCAUCGACAUAUGCACAAGCACAACCCCUCUCACCUUUGAUCCUGAAGACCGACCAACGUCUCCCGUUAAGCAGGCCACGGCCACUUCGACGACCGCAUCAUACCUGUCUUACCUCGCCAUCAGCCGUGGGGCAGCCCCCAUCGCCCCUUCACCAGUUGUCGCCUCAGAUCUACCGCAACCCUCCUCUGCAUCGACUAUCACGGCCACUACUGUCAAGCCAUCAUUGGAGACUGCCCGCAAGGACAGCAUAAUCGAUGGAUCGAGGGAUUCCACGCCACCGCCACCUUCAGCUACCAGCACGAACGGUACCACAACAGGCCUGUUGUCGACUUCGAAACCACAGACUCUGUCCGUCAAACGGCCCUCACCUCGGCUCUACUUUCCCAACUUUGUGGGCCACCGAGAACAGUUCGUCGUGUUCUUGGAGGCCGUCGCCCUAAAACGGUGGGGCCAGACAAUGGAUGAGAACGUGACCUUGCCAAGCUCUGUGGACGAGGAGCCGGACUUUGAUGAACAGGCAGAGAGGAAGGAUCAGGAAGCGGUUUGGAAUACGCUGCUGGAGCUCUAUCUUACAUUGUCAGGUGUUGGAGAGGCGGGAUCGGAGGGACAGGUGCAGAGGAAGGGGCAGGGGAAGAGUGCUAUGGGCGACAAGGCACUGAGGCUCCUGAAGGACGACAAGAUCCCCUAUGAUCCUACUCAUGCGCUCAUCCUCUGUUCCACCCGAAAAUUUACCUCUGGUCUCGUCCUGCUCUGGGAACGCUUAGGAAUGUACGAAGAUGUGCUCAGGUUCUGGAUGGAUAAGGAUCAAGAUCCAACGUCUGCGGCUGAGGCUUCGGGAGAGGUGAUGAGGUGUUUGGAGAAGUAUGGCCCGAAGAACAAGUAUCUUUAUCCGUUGGUGUUGAGGUUUUUGACGAGUUCGGGAGAGGUGAUGUCGAGGCAUAAGGAGGACUUGAGGGAGGUAUUGGAUGUGAUCGAUCAGGAGACGAUCAUGCCGCCGUUGGCUGUUGUGCAGGUGUUGAGUAGGAAUGGGGUAACGAGCGUAGGGCUUGUGAAGGACUGGCUGAUGGGCAGGAUUAAGGAAGCGAGAGACGAGAUCAACACCGACCAACAACUUAUCGCGUCGUACCGUGGAGAGACGGAGACAAAGCUCAAACAAGUCAAAGAGCUUUCCGAUCCAGAUCAUCCAAGAGUAUUCCAUGUCGCGCAGUGUUCGCGUUGUGGAGGCCAGCUCGAUCUCCCGAGUGUGCAUUUUAUGUGUAACCACUCGUACCACCAACGAUGUGUCGCCGAACACGAGACAGAAUGCCCGAAUUGCGCUCGCGCCCACGGCGUGAUACGCGAAAUCCGCAGGAAUAACGAGAAGCUAGCGGAUCAGCACGACCUGUUCCUUGCGGAUGUGAAAGACAAUGGGUUCAGUGCGGUGGCUGCGGGCUUCGGGAGGGGCGUACUGAACGCGACUAGGUUGGAGAAUGUGGUUUCGUAG